GCCAUCGCCGCGCCGGUGCGGAGUCCUGUGCCGCUCAUGAAGGGCAAGGCCAAGGCUGCAAAGGCGGUGAAGGUGCUGCUGACCGGCGACGUCAAGGGGCUGGGCAAGGCGGGUGAGCUGGUGGACGUCAAGCCUGCGUACGCAGAGAACUUUCUCGUGUCCAAGGGCCUGGGAAACAUCGCGUCGAAGGAGGUGAUUGCGCGCGUGGCAGAGGAGGCGGCGGCGGCUGCAGCGGCAGCGGCCGAGGCGAAGAAGGCCGCCGUCGAGUGCAAGGCCUCGCUCGCGCAGACCUUCGGCAAGAACGGACUCUUCAUCGAGUGCCAGGUCGGGCCGAACGGCAAGCUGCACGGCUCAGUGACGGCUCAGGACGUGGCCAGCCUCAUUGAUCAGCGCGCAAACGUGAAGCUUGACAAGCAGAACAUCGCGCUGCCAUCAAUCUCGGAGCUUGGCACCUACUCCGCAGAUCUGAAGCUGCACCCGGAGGUUUCCAUGAAGGUCGAUCUCGUGGUG